AUGGCUUCGUCAGUGAACGGUUCAUCUUCAGCACGCGCAUCACCGCAACCUGGCUCAAAGAAAAACAAUGGCAUCCAGCAUUACGCGUCAAUAAGCGGGACCAGCGGAACCCCGGCGGCGUCCGCCAGCGGCGGAACUACAAACACCACGCCGUCGAAACCCCAGAGACCCGCGCGUCGGAUCGAGGUCGAGGCACUGAUGAACGAUUUCCGGCGCGUGCUGGGCGACAAAUGGGCGCGUUAUCGGGAAGUGAUUACGAAUUUUCUGAUUGGGAAGCUGACGAGGACGGAGCUCGAGGAGGAGCUCGGGGAGAUUUUGGAGAAGAGUAUGGUGCGGAUGCAUAACCAGUUCUUGCUGGCGAACCUCGCAAACUCGCUGCGUGAUCCGCCGCCGUCGACGAACGGACUUCCGGUGUGGAGUACACGGAGGAAAGAUGGACCGCUGAGAUCGAGGAUGUCUGGAGAUCCGAUUAUGGCCAGACUGAAAUCUGAGAUCAUGGGGUUCACCCCGCGAGAACGAAGACGGAUAAAAGCCAUCACAAGGGACGCGGGAAAGAAAGGACCGAUACCAUCGACUAUCAUCCUCACCAGACGGGCCAAGAUGCCUGCUGUUCCUGUCAUCAACGACAAAGACAAAUCAAAGACAAACAUAUCCCAAGACAUUAUUCAAAGCUACCACUUACCUCUAGCCUCUGAAUCAUACGAACUCCCAGACGCCGACGCCCUACGCACACGACUGCUCGGCAUCGCGUACGAGCACGGCUUACUCGAUGGCAUCUCAGACGAGGUGCCGGAUAUCAUCCUUGCCGGGCUGGAGUAUCACCUACGGGACUUUCUGCAGCAGAUUUUUAACCGAGUGCGGCCGACUAUGCACAAGAAAGUAUCUGAUCUGCCGUUUGUAUCGCUCACGCCUGCUGCACAAGACAGCCAGGCCGGCAAAGACGCGGCCGCGAAUAAAAGCGACCGGAAACCUACAGAGAAUAAUUCGAAGGAGAGAAAGCGCAAGUUCCAGCAUCUGGAUGAUGACAACAUCAUCACUGCCGAGGACAUGGCAUUAGCGCUCGAACUCGUACCUCACAGCAUCGUCGAGCCCAGCGGGCCUCUCUACAGACUUUACGACGUCAUGCUACGGGACGAGAUCGAUGACGCGCGGCCAGACCAGAGCUCAGCAGAUUAG